CUCCACCGUCGACCGUCCGGCCCAGCGGAGCCUUUCGAUUUGGCAGAAGAAUCUCAACAGCUUCUUCUUCUUUUUUUCUCCAUGAAAAAAGGCUCUCUAUUCCUUUCCCCUUCUUCUUAACACUACUGUACUUCCUUCAUCUUCCUCUUUUCCCCCCAUCCCUUCUUUUCUUCCCUUUCACUCCAUUUCCGCACCUCUUCGUUCGUGCGAUUCACUCAAACCCUAGUCCAGAAAAGAAUCUUUAAACCACCACAGAGGUUUAUCAGCUAAAGGGUGCCCGAUUUCCCCGGAAUUUUGUAUUUCCGUCAUGGGGAACUGCCUCGACAACUCGAUGAAAUCGACGGCGGAGAUUGCGCCCGCCGACGUGAUCAGGACUCAGCCGACGGUCAAGCUCUACGGGGCGCCGUUCGGGAUCGAGACCUACUGCGUCCGGUUCGCGCUCCUCUACAAGCCGGUGACGCUGAUUUUCGUGCCCUCCGACCGCCACGAGACGCCGGCGAUCGAGUAUAAGUCGCAGACCGUCUCCGGAUCGCUGGAAACUCUGGUUCAGUUCUUGGAUGCGAAGUUCCCGGAGCCGCAGCUGCUGAAGGGGAGCGUGGGUGGGUGGCACGGCGAGACGACGCCGCUGGUGGUCUGGGUGGCGACCCUGCAGCACCGGAGCAUGCUUUGGCACCUGGAUCGGAUGGUGAGGUGGGCGGAGGAUCUGUCUUCCCGUGGGGGGAAGAUGCCCGGAGAUCCGGCUAUGGGGAGUCCGAGAAUGGAGAUUCGGAAGUUCGCCAAGAGAUAUUCUCAGCUGCUGGAGCUGUUUCUGGAGCACGCUCAGAUGGAGGAGAGGGUCCUCUUCCCAAUCUUGGAAAAAGCCGAUCGAGGAUUGUGCAAAGGUGCAAAUGAGGAGCAUGCUAGGGAUCUGCCAGUGAUGAAUGGUAUCAAAGAAGAUAUUAAAUCCAUUGGAGUUCUUGAUUCUGGGAACCCUGUCUUCCAAGAGGGCCUCUCCAAUCUCUCAACUCGUCUCAAAACCUUACAGGAGCACUCGAAGCAACACUUUGAAGAGGAAGAGAGGAAGUUGCUGCCGUUGCUGGAGGCAGCGGAGCUGACCAAGCUGCAGCAAGUCUCAGCCUUGGAACAGUGCCUGAGCACGAUGGACGGGACCCACUCGCGCCUGUUCCGGUUCUUCAUGGAGGGGCUCGUCCCCCAGGACGCGAUGCAGUACAUGGACAUGGUCGCCAAGUGCAGCGACAAGGACCGGGUGUGCAGGCUCUUCAGGCUGGUCGUCGAGAAGGAGAAUAGCUUCGGCAGCACUUUGGGUGGUCCCCACUAACAUUGAUGAUGAUGGUAAAUAACAAGUUUUAAAGUUU